UAUUGGUGGACUUUUUAAUCUUUAUUACAAAAGUUCAGCUGUAGAGCAUGGAUUCACCAAGCUGCCUCAUUAUGAACCUUGCACAGGGUAAACCCAACAUGUAUUAUUAUGUUGUAAUUAAUAUAUAUAUGUAUUGUCAUGCUCAUAUAUUUCUGUUAAAAUACAGAAAUGUUGAGCUAUGAUGUUAUAUAAUGUUUAUAAUAUGCAUUGUGUUUUAUAAUUCUUUCAUUAUUAACAAAAAUGUUAAAGUUGCAUAUAUUUGAGAUAAGCAAAUUUUAGUAUAAUUUAGAAGUAUAGUAGAAUGAUUUCAACAAAUGUUGCUGUAAUACCUUUAUGUUGGUCUCAAUGACAUUUUUUGAUAUUUGCUGUUUUUAUAUACAUAUCCAUGGUGAAUAUAUAUUUCACUGAUAUUGUAGUUUAUUUAAUUAAUUUCAUCUCCUGUGGUCUCAGUUUAGAUCUAGAAUCAUUAAAAAAUGCAUAUACUAUGAUGUUUGCGGUGGAGGAAAUCAAUCGAAACAGCACCCUGCUACCAGGAGUGAAGCUGGGCUACCGUAUACUUGAUAGCUGUGCCAGCUCCUACUGGGCUCAGCAAGUUGCACUGUCACUGGUCGGAGGAGACGCACAGAGCUGCAACUUAACACCCUCUACGCCUCGUUCCGCAGCUUAUGGACAACCUGGAGAGACAGCAGCUGGUCAGCCUGUUCCUUUGCUCAUUGGUACUGCCUCGUCAACAUCAACCAUAGUUCUGUCCAGGGUCCUGGGGCCUCUCUCUGUGCCGCUGAUCAGCUACAUGGCAAGCUGCCCUUGUCUGAGUGACAGGCUUAACUUUCCUAACGUCUUCAGAACAAUCCCCAGUGAUAUUUACCAAGCCCGGGCCAUGGCACGAAUGGCCAUUCGCUUCCGCUGGACUUGGAUAGGAGCUGUGAUUGUAAAUAAGGAUUAUGGCCAUCUGGCAAUACAGGCAUUUCACAAAGAGACCCGGGGGCAAGGGGUGUGUUUCGAAUUCAUAGAGACUGUCCUUAAAGAAACUAUUGUGAGUGAUGCCAGUCGUGUAGCCCUCACAAUUCAAGCUUCGACUGCCAGGGUGAUCCUGGUCUUUUGCUGGUAUACAGAGAUUAAGAAAGUGUUUCUGGAACUGGCCAAGAUAAAUGUGACUGACAGACAGUUUCUGGCCAGUGAGGCUUGGAGCACCAGUGAUGAUCUUCUUCAAGAUCUUGUCAUCUCCAAAGUGGCAAGUGGUGUUGUUGGUGUGGCCAUUCGAAGUUCAACAAUACCCGGAUUUGAAAAUUACCUCAGAAGUUUGCACCCAAUGCGUCGUCCUGAUGAUAAAUUCUUAUGGGAAUUCUGGGAAAUGGAGUUUGGAUGCAGUCUUGGAGCUACACGAUCACAUGCAGCUUCUCUCUUUCCUGCUAAAGGGUCCUCUCAAAAAGUUUCUCUGCCACUCUGCAGUGGGACAGAGUCCCUGGAGGGAGUGAAGAAUCCCUUCACUGAUAUCUCCCAGCUUAGGGUGGCAUAUAACGUCUACCUUGCUGUUUAUGCUGCAGCUCAUGCCCUUCACAGCCUUCUCUCCUGCCCUGAUAGAGAAAGCUCAUCCGGAAACAACAGCUCCACCUGCUCUUCUCCAAAACACAUAAAACCCAAAGAGCUGUUGCAGCACUUGAACAAAUUGAAUUUCACCACACCACAAGGAGAUAUGUUUUAUUUCCAAGGUGCCGACAUUCCAGCAAAGUACGACCUUGUCAACUGGCAAGCAACCCCCGAGGGGUCACUCAAACUUGUUUUGAUCGGUCGUGUGGACGGGUUUGACCUCCACCUUAAUGAAUCAACCAUUCAGUGGAGCACAGGAUCCAACCAGGUACCUGUUUCAGUGUGCAGUGAGAGCUGUCCCCCAGGUACCCGAAAGGCCAACAGGAAAGGAGGACCUCUCUGCUGCUUUGACUGUAUCCAAUGUGCUGAAGGGGAGAUUAGCAAUCAAACUGAUUCCCUUCACUGUGAGCGUUGUCCAUCUGAGUUUUGGUCCAAUGCUAAACAAACUGCCUGCAUCCCUCGCCAGCUGGACUUCCUUUCCUUUAAU